CUCCUAUCAGACGUUACUCAACUCAGCCGUUCUAUCCGAACUAAUCCCCAAAAACAUCGGGAACGGAGCAGAAACUCAAGAAAUGGUCAAUGCAAUUUUAGCAUUUUGUGAUUGCCAAUAAAGCCUCCACUCUUGUUCACUGAGAUGAUUCCCAUGAACGUGACGUCCCCAGAGACCGACGAUGACAAUUUCAACUAUUUUCCUCACUCUCCUCCUUGUCCUCUGUGCAAUCACAGUGGCAGUUCACUCGCAUUUCCCCUCUUCAUCGGAGGGGAAUUUCGACAAGAAGCACAGGAGAGAGCAAUGCAAAGCGUGGCUAGUCCAGUCCAUUCCCACCGACAUGCCUCUUCUCCCUCACGUCGACGGCGUACUUUCUUCCGCGGAUGUCCUUGAGUGGCUAGCAGGAAAUUCCUCAAAAAGUCUUGAUAUAAUUGCCCAAUAUUGGCAGUUGAUAGCCAGUCCAUCUGAUCCUCGCUCUGGUGAUUACGGAUACUCAGAGGAUGACAUGCAAAGAUUUGGUGCAAAUGAUGGGUUGAGAGUUUUUAGUGCCUUAGAAGAUGCUGCUAAUCGCAACAUUACAGUCAGAUUUUUACAGCACUCAGGAGUAUAUCCUGAUUACACUAAAGAACCGUCUAAUCUUGCAUCGAGAAGGCCAAACGUAAAGAAUGUCACUUUGCUGCUCAGUGAUUGGUGGGAGUCUGGCAUAGUCCAUUCCAAAGUUUGGAUAUCAGAUAGCCGAGACAUUUAUAUUGGAUCAGCUAACAAUGACUGGAAAUCGCUCACUCAGGUAAAGGAACUUGGUGUGUAUCUUGUUGGUUGCUCAAAAAUAGUAAAGCAUGUUGAGAUCUACUAUAACAACCUGUGGAAACUUGCUCAACUCAAUGCUUCAGCUUAUACCACAAUGGUUUGGGAUCAACAGUGGCAGAUUAAUCGCCUGGUUCCUUGUUGGUCUCACUUCCUACAUCCUAAAGAAAGGUGCAGGUCACCUCUUCCUAAAUAUGUAUACGCCCACCAUGUAUCUGGCUAUCCAGUACUCUCAGACCCUCAGAUGUUUCGCAUGCCAAUCCAGACACCUGGAUUUAAUUCUUCAGUUGUGCAACAUGAAUACAGCUAUCUUUCCUUUGCUCCACCGGAGCUCUUGUUUGGAAAGUACCAAACAGAUGAACAAGCUUGGGUGGAUACAAUAAAAUCUGUAGGAAAUGGAGAAACAGUUAGAAUUAGCACCAUGGACUGGCUUGGUCAGUCUGGUUACACCAAACAGGCUGUCUACUGGCCUUCAAUUUCGGCAGCUAUUUCCGAGGUUGUGUUCUCCAAACAUGCACAUGUUAAGUUACUGGUUGCUUACUGGGCGCAUAACAUAAAAAACACGGAUAAGUAUCUGGAAUCACUGCUUUACUCAAACACCUUAUGCUCUUCCUCAAAAAAGAACCGCUGUACUGGCAAUGUUGAGAUCAAAUAUUACAUGGUUCCUGGAUUUAACCUCACUGGACCUGCAAUCAGCAAUGGCACUGCCACUGGCAAUAUGUAUCCUGGCUUCACUCGUGUAAAUCAUGGAAAGUACGCAGUAAGUGAUGUGCGGGCCCACAUAGGGACGAGUAACCUGCUGUGGGAUUACUUCUUUACAGAUUCAGGCGUCAGCUUUGGAACGUACAAUGCUGCCAUUGUUUCGCAGCUUCAGGAGAUCUUUGAUGCUGAUUGGAAUUCACCAUAUGCUGUGACAAUUGAGACACUGAAGCAAGGUCAUUCAUAUUCUAGUAGAUAGCCAAGAAGAUUUACAAGUCACACUGCAGCAGUCUUUAUUUUUCCUUCUCUAAUGUCUUGUACUUCAUUUCUUUUUAUAUAUUUGAUUGGAAGGUUCAUGGAAUGGAUUACUCAUUUUGUUGUCAGCGUGAGUAAUAAAAUGCACAUAGUAUCAAAUCAGAA